AUUGGGACCUGAGUUGCGCGCUAGUAGCCAGUGUUGUGUUCGGCUCCGGUAAGAUGGCGGCCGGCAGCAGUGUGGCCCAGAAGACUUGGGAGCUCUCCAAUAACAUGCAGGAGGUGCAAAGCAUCGAUGAGAUCUACAAAUAUGACAAGAAGCAGCAGCAGGAGAUCUUGGCUGCCAAACCCUGGACGAAGGAUCAUCAUUACUUCAAAUACUGCAAAGUCUCUGCCUUGGCCCUGCUGAAGAUGGUCAUGCAUGCCAGAUCUGGAGGCAACCUGGAGGUGAUGGGUCUGAUGCUGGGAAAGGUGGAUGGAGAAACCAUGAUUAUCAUGGAUAGCUUUGCUUUACCAGUGGAAGGAACAGAAACCCGAGUAAACGCACAGGCUGCUGCCUAUGAAUACAUGGCUGCAUAUAUAGAGAAUGCAAAGCAGGUUGGAAGACUUGAAAAUGCAAUUGGAUGGUACCACAGUCACCCUGGCUAUGGCUGCUGGCUCUCAGGAAUAGAUGUCAGCACUCAGAUGCUCAAUCAGCAAUUCCAGGAACCCUUUGUUGCUGUUGUGAUCGAUCCAACUAGGACAAUAUCUGCUGGCAAAGUGAAUCUCGGGGCUUUCAGAACUUACCCAAAGGGGUACAAGCCUCCAGAUGAAGGUCCAUCAGAAUAUCAGACCAUCCCCUUGAAUAAAAUAGAAGAUUUUGGCGUGCAUUGUAAACAGUAUUAUGCUUUGGAGGUCGCAUAUUUCAAGUCUUCUCUUGACCGCAAGCUGCUGGAACUUCUGUGGAAUAAGUACUGGGUGAAUACACUAAGCUCUUCCAGUCUGUUAACGAAUGCUGACUACACAACGGGACAGGUAUUUGACUUGUCUGAGAAACUAGAGCAAUCUGAGGCUCAGCUCGGCCGUGGAAGCUUCAUGUUAGGAUUAGAAACUCACGAUAGAAAGUCUGAAGACAAACUAGCUAAAGCUACAAGAGACAGCUGCAAAACAACAAUUGAAGCAAUCCAUGGCUUGAUGUCACAAGUGAUAAAAGAUAAAUUGUUUAAUCAAAUUAACACUUUCUAAGGUCAUUCUCUGCUGUUUCUUGUCUUUUUUGUGCCUGUAAGUUGCUUCUUUUAUGCAGAAGCUGUAACCCCUCACCAGGUAACACUUACUGUACCUCCCUAGUUUUAGCAACAGAAAGCAUAGUGUAAUAUAACUUCACCAGUACUGAGCAUUUUCAGCAGAGUUGCUUUCUGUGCAAAAUAAAGUCUUUGUUCAAACCGUG